UUCCUUCGUAAAUACGUCACAACGAAAAAUGUAAGCAUAAUAUGUCAAAAUAAAUCAAAAAUGUAGCUAUGAACCGUGAUUUCGUUUACAACCACGAUCGGCCUAGCGUCUGGUCGAGGGCUGGUGGCGUCCUCAAUAAAUGGUUGUGGGGCUUGUUUUGCUGCGGACCCCCCGGCGUGGCCUGCUACUUCUGUGCGUGCUACGAGAGGCCCGAGGACAGGACCGACAGAGACACGACGAGGAUCCAUCAAGCCACCGCCACGACUGAGCGUUUAUCUCGGCAACAUCGACCAAACGCUCCCCGAGGCAGGAAGUCAACAGCAGAGAUGCUGUCAGCCGUCAGAUGUGCCCUCUCCCAGCUCCAAGGGGAGCCGGAACCCAAUUUAAUAGUUCCAACAAACGAGAAGCCAAUAGAACCGGGCUGAUUCUGGUUGUACGAUGUCUACAGUCGCCGUGUCUGUAAUGAAUAUUCGUUUUACGAGAGACCGUGUCUCAUCGUUAAAAACUCUGCUAGAAUUAAUCUCACGAAAUAGACAAUAAUCGAUAUUAGUCAUUGAAACCGCAAUAUUAAACACAAUGUUGAGAAACAAAUGUAUAUAAUAACUGUUUUCAGCAAACAUUUCUAGUCAGAUCAUUGUAAAUAAAAAGGUUCUAAUUAA